GCGCUAGUGCGCCACCGGGGUAGUUAGGAAGUUCCCGAAGUCACGUCGAAGAACAAUACAAUCAGCUGUUCGUUGAUCGAAUCCGCAAAAACAAUCUAACCAAAGCUGUCAUUGUCGACAGGGACAGGCAAAGACCAGUGAAAUGUCAUUCCUCUUUGAUUGGCUCUACAGAGGCUUUAGUGGUGUGCUACAGUUUUUAGGGUUGUACAAAAAAUCUGGAAAGUUGGUUUUCCUGGGGUUGGAUAAUGCUGGUAAAACAACCCUUCUGCAUAUGCUGAAAGAUGACCGACUUGGACAGCAUGUGCCCACGUUGCAUCCAACAUCAGAAGAGUUGACGAUAGCUGGAAUGACAUUCACCACGUUUGAUCUGGGCGGACACGUACAAGCUAGAAGAGUUUGGAAGAACUACCUGCCGGCUAUCAAUGGAGUUGUCUUUCUGGUUGACUGUGCCGACCACGACCGCCUUACAGAAUCCAAGAUCGAACUUGAUGCCCUGUUAGCAGAUGAGACCAUCCUCUCUGUGCCUGUGCUGGUCCUGGGUAACAAGAUAGACCGUCCUGAAGCCAUCAGUGAAGGGGGACUGAGGCAGGCCUUCGUUCUCGAUGGACAAUGCACUGGAAAGGGUAACGUGUCGGUGAAGGAGCUGCAGGCACGACCUCUGGAGAUUUUCAUGUGCAGUGUCCUGAAGAAGCAGGGCUAUGGAGAUGGCUUCAGGUGGCUGGCACAAUACAUCGACUGACAUCUAGGCAGCACUUCUUUUACUAAACGGACUCCCAUUUUUCUGGGGGGGAAUGAAGAAGAUAAGCUAUCAAAUGAAAUGGCCCAUAUCGUCUACCCCCCCUCCCUCCCCCUCCCCCAUGUGGAAAGAUGUGAAGCUCCCAAUAAUCAGCUUUCUGAUUGAGUACAUCUGUCAAUUUCAGCAUUAAUUGGUCCGUUUUAAAGGUUUCUAUCUAUGCAAACUUUUAAAAGUGGUUCAUGGUCACAAGAUUCAAGAUGGGUUUGCGUGUAAUACUAAUAAGUCCAUUAGUUAAGUAUAACGUCGACCCCGUUCUCUGGCGUGUAAAUUAGAGUAUCCGGUUCUACCCCAACAGAUUUGAUCAUAGCUGCAAUUCAAGCUACAGUAUACGGAAGAUGACCUGUACCAAUGUAGAACCUUUAUAAGGUAUACUGUGAACUUUUACAAUUAUUUCUGAAACAUGAAGGACCAAGUAGUUUUUAAAUGAAAUAGAUUAUAAAUGAUAAGGAUAUUUAUGUGAAUGGUGGCGGUACAAAUGCUUGUACAUAGCAGUCCUACCUAGAAUAAGAUGUUCUUAUCACUAAGAGGACAUGAAAGAGGAUAGAUAGACUGAGCAGGAAUAUCCCAACAGACCCAAGUUCCAAUCGCAUCGAAUAGAAGGUCAUCUAAAGUUUAGGGGCGGAGUCCAUUUGACCUGAUUCUGUUUCUAUACAUGGCGUGUAUAUCCCAAAUGGCAGCAUAUUGACUAUAUAGUGCACUACUUCAGAGAACCCAUACUUUCUAUGCCCCCACCCUGGUCACAAGUAGUGCACUAAAUAGGGAAUAGGGUGCCAACCCUGGUCAAAAGUAGUGCACUAAAUAGGGAAUAGGGUUGACAUUUGGUACGCGUCCCGGGGUGUGAGAUCAAUUGUAAUUGUCCACGCAGCUAUUGCCUUCAAUGCACUCAGCCAAAGACGUAUGCAAACUAUUUUGCUAGUGACUUUGGGAUGUUUACAUAAAAUAGACCUGGGGGGGGGGGGUUGUAGUAGUGAUGUAAUGUUUGUCC